UUUUUUUAUAGUCAUUAACAAACAUCAAUAGCUCCUUAUUUUGUCCCUUAUUGAUUUUUUCCAAUUUUUUUAUUAACAAAAAUGGCCUCUUUGGAUGACAUCAUAAAACAAAAUUCGGAAAAUACGCAACGUAUUAUAAGGCAUGCCCAAGGAUAUGUGAUAGCCAACAAUACCAAUGGCACCAUAGCGGCCACCUCCUAUGACAAUGUCAUAUCAGCGAGCAUAAAUAAAUUGAUAAAUGGCAUUUUGGUAGGGGCAGCACGUAGUGCGGUACGAGAUCUAGAUUGUACAAAUGAUUUGGCAUUUUUGAGAGUGGCGACCCAAAAAUGUGAAUAUCUAGUAGCCCCGGAAGAAGAUUUCACCAUAGUUGUGGUGCAAGGAAAAUGAUGUUCUACAUACAUAUAUUUUUUAUAGAACUUUUAUUAAAAAC